AUGUCCGACGUUAGCAAAUUGAACAAGAUAUCCUUUGGAGACGCCAUCGUCACGGUUCAGACCCUCCACCCCGUGCUGAGUCGCUCGCCCGCCUUCGCCGAUGUGUGGAGCGCCACCGUGACCCUCGCGAGCGUGACCCUCGGAGCCCGCGAGGGGACCUGGGCGAGCGAGCUGGUCGAGCAAGCUCCUUGGACCGCUUUGAUGUUCUUUGCCAUCACGGGGAGCGUUGUAUUUGGCGUGGCCAAUGUGAUUCUAGUGCUUUUCCUGGAAUGUGCUGUGCGCGCAUAUGAGAAGGAGCAGAAGAAGAAGGCGAAGCAAGCGGAGGCCGAUCAUGAAUCCAUGAUCCAGAAGCUGGCGGAUCUGUGUUCCGAUAUGGAUAUCAUGAAGCGGGGCAGUGUGUCGGUCUCGGCUAUCCUGCGGGCCUAUCAGGAAGAUGUGCGUUUUCGCCAACUCUUAGAACACACCGGCAUUGAGGCCAAGGAUCAGCUUGAAAGGAUGUGCGUGGCGCUGAAGCCGGACUACUCGUCUGAGCUCCGCACCAGCGACUUCCUACGGCACUUGCGGAGACUCCAGCGGAGGGAUCCCAUGCAGCAGGCGCGCAUCGAGUACUCGGUCUUGGAACUACGGCAGUUGAUCAAGGAAGAGCUCCUGGGGCAGCUCCGCACCGCGGCCUCCCCCCUGACAUCAUCACACCUGGAGGAGUCGCCCUCAAUGGAGGUUGAAGCCUUGCGGAAGAGGUGGGCAAGGCAUUGCUUAAAGAGCUUCGAAGUCUUGCAGGGGGGCCUGCAGCCCUUGUUGGCAGAGGCUGAGAAGGCCUUGUCCGAAGUUCUCGAGGACACUGGUUUUGAACCUCCUUCGCAAGAUUGCCGCAUCGACAUAGAUACUCUUCAAAGCGAGAGUUCUCCAGAUGUGCCCAGCCGCACGGAUUGGCUGCUGGAUCAGCGCUCUGCCAUGCUGGUGGACUCGUUCCGCGAGAGCUCGGCGCAGGUGGCAGGGUUGCAAGACCGGUUGGCUACAGUGGUGCAACGCUUGAACAAGCUUCGAAGUGGCUUUGAUGGGCGUACGGAAUCCUUGUAA